AAGGCAAAGUUCACGUCCCCGCCGAGCCGACAUAUAAGAGACCCCGAUCCACGAGACAUCAGUUUCACAAAUUGAAACAACAUGGCGAAGACUUGUAAUAAUUUGUCCGCCGUUUUACAAGGCCUCAAUGACCUGCGCAUGGAAGAUGUUCCUAUCCCGGAGCCGGAAUAUGGAGAGGUCCAAUUGAAGCUGCUUAGCUGUGGAAUCUGCGGCACCGAUGUCCAUCUGUGGAAGCAUGGCGGUAUUGGGGGGCUGCCAGUCACAGAGGCGGUCAUCCUUGGCCACGAGGCCAGCUCCGUGGUCACCAAGGUGGGAAAAGGCGUCACUAGUCUCAAAGUGGGUGACCGCGUGGCGACGGAGCCUGGUGUCCCGUGUCUCCAGUGCAAGAAGUGUAAGGCCGGCCGCUACAACCUGUGCCAAGACAUGCAGGUGAUCAUCCCCAAGUACUGCGGUAGUCUCACUCGAUACGCCAUACACGGAGCCGACUUCUGCUUCAAACUGCCCGACAACAUCAGUGAUGAGGAAGGAGCGGUCAUUGAACCCCUGGCUGUGACCGUGUAUGCUUGUAACAGAGCGGGGAUUCAGAUGGGAGACACGGUGCUGAUAUGUGGGUCAGGGUCAAUUGGACUUCUGUGUCUGCUGACAGUGUUGGCCAGAGGUGCCACUACAGUUCUGGUCACAGAUAUCGCCGAUGAAAAGCUUAAGAUUGCAAAGAAGGUUGGAGCUUCACACACCCUGAAUGUCAAGGGCAUGUCUCCCCAGGAGGCGGCUGCCGCCAUUGAAGGAAUUCUCGGGGAACCAGUCGACGUGACCUUGGAAUGCACAGGCAUGACCUCCUGUGUCAGCACUGGCAUCUAUGCGACGACCCGGGGUGGCAACGUCACCAUGGUUGGGAUCGGCAACCUCAGUAUGGAGGUGCCCUUGGGCACAGCUGCAAUGAAGGAAGUGGACAUCAGAGGAAUCCUCAGAUACUGCCACGAUGAUUUCACUAAUGCGGUGAAACUGGUUGCCAGUGGUAAGGUGGACGUAAAACCCCUAAUCACGCACAGAUUCCCACUGGAGAAGUCUCUUGAUGCCCUGAAGACCACGGCGAGCGGGGUGGCCAUCAAGGUGAUGGUCCGCUGUGCGGACAACUGAAGCACAAAUCUCAGACUGUGUUUCAGAUCUUUAUAUCCAAGAAAUCUAGCACUGUUACAUUUAAGUGGGAAGCAUCUUUCUGGUGCAGUGCCCUAUCGGUAGCUUGAUAAAUGACUUUCGCCAAGGCAGCAUUUUACCUUUUAUAUCCAAGAUAUCUAGCACUGUUACAUUGAAAUACGGAUGCAUGUUUAUAGUCCAGUAUUAUAUGGGUAGCUUGAUUAUUGAGUUUCACCAAGCCAGAAUUUCACCUGCUUAUUUCAAAGAUAUCUUGCACUGCAGCUUUUAAAUAGGUAAAACUCCUUGUCCUUCAGUACCGAAGUCAAGAAGAGUUUUACCCGCGUGAUUGAGUGGGGUAUUGCCUUAACAAAUAGAGUAGUCGCCAGCAUGCCAAGAGCAAGUGGUUUUUUCCAAGCAAUCCUAGAGUGAAUGAGUGAGUGAGUGAUCGCCUUAACUGAAUAACCUACUCAGCAGCACACGAAGAGAAGGGGAUGGAUACCAGUGAGAGAGUGAGUGAGUUAACGCUGCUUUGAACAGUAUUCAGUUAUACACUACGGAUUUACAGUGUACACACCAGUUAAUACUUAAUAAACACAAAAUAAUACUCAAGUCAAUUCGUAACUAUCCGGAAGGGAGCAUUCCCCACUGAAAUCGUCUGAUUCAUGAUUACGAAGUAAUAUAAAUCUCUAUACCUGCGUUCAGUACUUCUACGUUGUGGCUCAGUACUUACAAAUGCAUUUACUUACACCCAUACUAUAGAAGCACUUUGUUAUAUGUUAAAGAGCAGUAUAAGGUUUAAGGGUAAAUCAUGUAUAAUUGUACAUCAUUGUUGUCUAAUAAAUAAUUAACUUUA